AUGACUGAAUCCAAGAUCCAUUUCUUUGACCUCCUAUCAGACCUACCCGGCUCUUCCAAGUCAUGGUCUCCCAACACUCUUCGGACCAGAAUGGUCCUUAACUUCAAGGGAAUCCCCUACACCCAAAGCUGGGUAUCAUACCCCGAUAUUGCACCUCUACUCAAGGCUUCUGGUGUCCCACCUGGCAAGUCAGCGAUGCCUUACACACUGCCGGCAAUCAGCCAUAAAGGGUCCAUAGCGAGCAAUCCAGACGGGGUCCUCAUGGAUUCCGAGCCGAUUGCCAUGUACAUCGACAAUCUGUACCCGUCGCCCCCGCUCUUCCCCUCCGGCGACGCAAGUUACUCGCUCAUGCUUGCCGUGCUAAAGAUAUUGGGCCUUAUCUCACCGGGUGUUAGGCCGCUGAUUAUUCCCAACGUCCCAUCUGGACUGGAUGAGCGUGGACGGGAGUAUUUUAUCCGGACACGCUCUGAGGCUUUCGGGAAACCGCUUUCUGAGGUCAGGCCGACAGAUGAGGCAGAGUUGCUUGAUUUGUGGCAGCUGAUCGCGAAAGAGGCGGAGACGUUGAUUAAGAUGCUCAAGGGCAAGGAUGGGAAGAAGGGGCCAUUUUUGGAAGGUGAGAAGGCUGGAUAUGCGGAUAUCAUUCUCGCUGGGCUAUUGGCUUUCUUCCAGCGGUUUGACAAGGGUACCUUUGAGAAGCUUCUUGUUCUUGGGGAUGGGGAGUUCAAAGCGCUUUAUGAAGCAUGUUUGCCCUGGAUUGAAGGCCAGGGGGAGGAGAAGGAGUGGCCGAUUCCACAGUAA